AUGGCGAUUGAACGGAAGGGCAGAGACGCAGUUUCUGCGCUUGUGGACCGAGAAGGUCGCAUGCACCAUAAGCAGCAGCUGCUGAUGCAGCAGUUUUACGUGUUCUACGUCAAGCAGCUCAUGGUCAAACAAGGAAGCUUCGCGCUGGAGGAUUUUCUCACGCUCAAAAGAGAUUGUGAAGACGAGCUGGGAGGGCUCCGCCGGAAGGCGGCGCGUCGCUUGGAGUCGUUUGGCCUUCAGCGAUUUUCCCCCGAAGAAUCCAAGGAGCUCAAGCAAUUCAAGCUGGAAGUUGAAAUUCUGGAAAGUCUCUCCCCCUCGGAGCUUCGGCUGACUUGUCCUUCUCUCCUGUCUCCCCUUACUCGCAAAGCAAUUGCAGCCUCAGCGGGAGUGACGUUGAAGCAUGUCGAGGAUCUCCUCCUGCAGUUUUCCACGAUGCAGGGUGAUAGGCAUUGGUUUAUGAGGCUUCUGGAGUUAGGUAGACCACUGCCUGGAUCUUUUGAAGAUCGGCACCUUCUUGCCGAGACAGACAGGCCCUAUGAAUUGCGUCUUCCGUAUGGGGAGACUUUUUACAGCUUCGAGUUUGAACGGACUCGCAAGUUGCUGGGAGUCAGAGGCGACGGCAGAGGCGAUAGACGCAGACAGAAGAACCAACGAAAGCUCGCGAUACGCUGCCGUUUGUACCAUCCAAAGCCUCGUCAGUGGAGCGACCGUUGGCUCUUCUUUGGCGACUUCUUCGCGGAUCCUUACAGCAACUUUGCGGCUCGCCGGAAGCAUCUGCAGCAGCAGCUGCAGAAGCAGCGGGAGCAGCAGGAAGGGCGAACGCAGCGCGCGCAGCAACGCCUCCUCCCCAAAGGGAUGGGCGUCAAGCGGAGACGAAGGUCCUUAGACGUGCUGCAUGCAGCCUUCCUCAGGAAGCUGCCGCAAAAGGAUGAGGUUUUGCGCAACCUCUUACAAAAAGCUGCUGCUGCAGAGGAGAGCAAGCGAUUACUGCUGCCCCCUGACACGACACACACGAUCGCAGAGUCUCCUGAAGGGAGACGCAGCAGCGACUGCCUCGACACGCAAGGCAGUGGCAGUCCACCCUCUUCUCUCGUCUUGUAG